UAGCCUUUCAGCGAGCGUCAUGCCUUUAUUCGUUGGCCAAGUGGAUAACGUUAAAAAAGUUUCUAACCCGCUUAGAUCCGUGCAUAUUAAAGAUAAAGCUGUUUUUAGCAUAACAGAAAGAGGUAUUAGAGUAGUUCUUGAGGAAUAUUCUUCCUUUCAAGCAAUUACCUUUUUGCAGGCUGAAAUUUUUGAUACCUAUGAAGUCUCCAAAUCUUUUGAAUUUGGCAUUUCUUUAAACACAUUACUAGAGUGUCUCAAUAUCUUUGGAACCUCCGGAAGUAUAAUUUCUGCUCCUGCUUUAAAAGUUUCUUAUGAAGGAUAUGGCUCCCCACUCGUAAUUUUACUUUCUGAGCACGGAAUAUGCACAGAUUGCUCUAUUCGUACUAUCGACGCCGAUUUUAUAACAGAUUUCGAUUUCUGCACUGAGGGAAUUAUUAAUAAAAUAAUUUUAAAGGCCGAAGCCAUGAGAGCCACUCUGGGAGAUCUCGAUUCAUCCAGCGAUAUUAUUGAAAUAAAAAUGUCUCCCGAACUGCCACAGUUUAGGCUUUCCACUUACGGCGCUGCUGGAAUUUAUCACAUUGACUACUCUAAGUACAGUGAAGCAGUGGAAAGCUGCCAGAAUACGCAAACGCGAGUGCAAAGAUACAAAUUUUCCUUUAUCAAUGCCACUCUUAAGGCUUUACACGUGGCCAGCAAAGUCAGCUUUCGUAUGAACAGAAGAGGUUUCCUUUCAAUUCAUUUUCUUUUAGAAAACGAUGGAAAGUUCAGUUUUGUGGAGUUUUUGUGUUGCCCAGAAGAUAUAGAAAACACAGCUGAUUCUGACCCUGCAUCCAACUAGUAUCUACUAUUCUAUUAGCUUAAACUUGAUACGGUAAUACGAGAAUGUGAAGGGGUUUGAGUGGCGGAAAUAGGAGGCUGCGAGGAGG